UUGGUGUUUACAUGACAGGCAGUCUACCGAAGAACAUGAGGCAUCGACUAUGCAAGCUGAAGUGGCCCGUGAAUGGGGGGCCAGUUCGGUAUCUGAACACAAGCACGCAAUAUCACCAGGCGUCUGAAAAUGGACUUGAGUUUGAUGCUGCCAAGACUCGAACCUGCCCUGUCCACGGGCAGAGGUUCCGGUCCACUCACGCUGCACUGGACACCUCGGUGUUCGAGACCAUGUCCCCGGCUGUGAAAUCCUGGGAGGAGGUGCCGGGGCCAAAACCAUUGCCUCUACNGCCCCUCCUGGGGAACACUUGGCGAUUCGCCCCGUAUAUCGGUAACUACUCCGUAGAACACAUCGACAAGGUGUGCCUAUCGUUGCGGGAGCAGUACGGCAAGUGCGUGAAGGUGGCUGGCCUGUUAGGCCGGCCUGACAUGCUGUUUGUGUUCGACGCGGGAGAGGUGGAGAGGGUCUUCAGGGGAGAGGAUGCAGCCCCACACAGACCAUCAAUGCCGUCUCUGAACUACUACAAACACGUCUUGAGGAAGGAUUUCUUUGGUGCCGAAGAGAAUUGCGCAGGCGUUAUAGCGGUACACGGUGACUCCUGGUCAGCGUUCAGAACUAAAGUAUCCCGAGUGGCGCUGAGCACAGUGGCAGCAGCACAGUACACAGAACCUGUGGCACAGGUGGCAGAUGCCUUUAUCGAUAGAGUACGAAAAAUUAGAAACAAAAAUUUGGAAACUCCAGACGACUUUUUGAAUGAAAUUCACAAAUGGUCUCUUGAGUCUCUAAGCUUAAUAGCUCUUGACACAAGACUAGGCUGCUUCGAAGCUCGUUCUGGCUCGGAGAGUCAGCAGUUAAUAGAUGCUGUCAACACGUUCUUUCUGUGCGUGGGAGAGCUGGAGCUAAGAGCCCCGUGGUGGAGGAUAUACCCCACUGCUAUGUUUAGGAGAUACAUCGCUGCUUUGGACACCAUCCUCAGUGUAACUCUGAGACACGUGGAGAGGGCGCUGGAGGAGCUGAAGACUGUCACCAACAAGUCCUUACUUCAGGACCUGGUCGCGGCCGCCGGGCCCAAAGUGGCUGCCGUGGCUGCUCUCGACAUGUUCCUUGUGGGAAUUGACACGACAUCCAAUGCGGUGGCUUCAACGUUAUACCAGCUGGCAUUAAGGCCGGAAGUCCAGGACAGAAUCCACGAGGAAGUCACCAAGGCUCUGCAGGGCAGGCCCAUGAAACCUGGAGACAUUAACCAGAUGCCUUACCUGAAGGCUUGUGUUAAAGAGGUUUUAAGAAUGUAUCCAGUUGUAAUUGGAAAUGGUCGGCAACUCACCAAAGAUACAGUUAUUUGUGGCUACAACAUACCAAAAGGCACCCAAGUGAUAUUUCAACAUUACGUCAUGGGCAACAGCGAGGAGAACUUCACCCGUGCGUCCGACUUUAUGCCGGAGCGCUGGAUGCGGCGGACGCCUGGUCAGACGCACAGCGCCUUCGCGUCGCUGCCGUUCGGGUUUGGAAAGCGCAUGUGUCUCGGCAGGCGCUUCGCUGAGCUCGAGAUACAUACUAUUAUUUGCAAGAUGGUACAGGCCUUCAAGAUGGAGUACCACCACGAGCCCUUGGAGUACCACAUCCACCCCAUGUACACACCCAACGGCCCGAUACGGUUGAAGCUGAUUGAACGAUUCUCAUAACUUUAAUAAUAUUAUGACCGCAGGUCAGAAUAGGUAGAGGGUUUGUGUUUUCAUAAUUAUUUAAAGCUCUUUGUAGCGUCGCGGGAUUGAAUCCCGAUGGGGGAUGUUU